AGUAGUUUGUGCCAGCAUCAUAAUGUCGGAUGAUCGUUGGAACGAUGAUGUCGCCUAUGCCUUCGACACUCAUAAAAUGUUUAUGAAUGCAAUGGGUCUGUGGCCACUUCAAAAGAUGACGCCGCUCGCGACAAUACGAUGGGGCUUACUGACAAUUCUGCUGUUUGGCGUAUUCGCCUUCGUAUCCAUGGAAUUCACCAGAACCGAUCAAGAUGCCGGCAAAAGCAUAGAAACAAUGUUAUUCUCUAUGUGCACGGGCGCUACCUUGUUAAAAAAUUACUGUUUUACCACCAAUCGAAAGAGGCUGGCCAAGAACAUUAAUGUUGCUAUCGACGAUUGGAUAGACGCGAAGAACGAUGCACAAGCUUACAAGAUCAUGAAAAAAUAUGCGUUUCAAUCCAGGCUGUUCACCUCGGUGAUAUUGUACUUGGCUAAUAUAUGUACGGUUCUGUACAUAAUGGUUAUCUUCUUAUUAAAUAACAAGCAGAACCCUUUAGACACUUUAGAUAUUAACACAACAGAUCUUGAUGAGAUUUCACGUGUAGCUAACAUCAGUACGACUGAUUGGACGUUUGUACUACCAUCCGGUGAUUUGGGUAAGAUAGUCUCGAGCAUACCGCUAUAUGCUGUGCUCAUAGUUAUACAAAGUAUUCAAAUAACCUUAAUAUCCGAGUCGGAAUCUAUUAUGGACGCUUUCUACACCAACGUCACGCUACAUCUCGCCGGCCAGCUCGAAUUAUUAAAAAUAAAAAUAAAAAAAUUCGCGAGUGAGCCAGACACUGUCGUGAAUCAUCGGAAGCAAUUUGCCAAGCUGAUCAACAGGCAUUGCGUAUUAAUGGAGCUCAAUCACAAUUUAGAAAAGACGUUCAAUCUGAUUAUACUGUACCAGCUUCUUAUAGUAACACUUUUGCUCGCACUGUUAGGGUUACGGAUAUUAAUCAGCAUAAAGGAUCAUGACUACGUUAUAUUAUCGAAAAGCGCUCUAGCUUUGAGCUACGUGUUCACGGAGUCUGUGGUGUAUUGCUACUGCGGUGAUUUUGUACAGAGUGAGAGCGAAGAAUUAUUCCACGCGUUGUACGCUACUUCCUGGUUCACGCUUCCUGCCUCACUAAUGAAGGACGUACGUUUCGCGAUGAUGAAGUCGAGUUAUGCGUUUCAACUGAGCGGGGGAAAAUUUUUCAGCGCUAACCGCCAAGCGAUGUUUAACGUUGUCAAGACCGCAGCUUCGUACAUUUCGGUUUUGCGAGUGUCGAUAAUGGAAUAACACGGAUGAACAAUCGCAUGUUUCUAUGUAGGGCGAAUGUGGAGCGUUCGCAAAAAAUAUUGUAUAUAGAUAGUUAAUACGAUAUAAAAAAAGAAUAUGCAGAUACAGUUACAAUUAAAUUAUUUAGGAAAGUA